UCUGUUGAAGCCGGUCUAUUACGUUUCUAUACUGAAACAGAAUAUCGUCGUAGUAUAUAGCAGGGAAUUUGGAAAAGAAAAGAGUUGUGUAAUCACAAUAGUUCGAAGGGUUUAUGAAUGAAAGAGUGUAACUUUGUUGUGUCGUCAACAAUGUGCACAAAGGUUAAUUCGAUUCUUAUAAGAAAUUAACACAAAAAAUUUGUGAUAAAGUCGUCGGAUAUAGCGACAUUCAACGCAAAAUUUAACGAUGAAAAAUAUGGAUUUUGUGUUUUAUUUAAAAAUAUUUUUUUUUGUAUCGCAGAUCGCCUUGUGUUUACCAACACCACUGAACGGUUAAUAAGGUUUCAACGCAUAAUUAAAGUUUAAAUUAAGUGAUUGUGUGAAUAUUUAAAGCAAACGAUAAUUUAGUCGUAACGAGUUGUACAUUACAGCAGAUACAGACACUGGUGUUAAGUUUAAUUGAAAAUAGAAAAAAGAAGAAGAAAAACAGUGUCAAGUGAUUAGCAUUCGAAAAUUGCUUCUGAUAAACCAACAACCAUUAUCCGCAGUGCAGAUUAUAUAUUGUGUUACUCUUGCACACAGUGCUGUCGUUCGUUGGCCUCUCUUGUCGUUCAUACCAAUUGUGCAGUGCACUGAGACACAAUCACAAAAAAUGCAAAUGUGUUCAAUUCGUAAUGAGCUAUUUAUUGCACGAAUAUCGCGCUGAUAAGACUUUUGGCUUUAUUGCAAAAGAUAACGUGGGGCGUACAGUGCGGGACUCGAAACAUUAUGCAAUCGUGGUAGGAAACAAAAAAGUUUUCGUUUAAAAUGAAACUUUUCCGCAUUUGUGAUAUUUUGAUGUUAAAUUGUACAUAAUUUUCAACCCGAGCGGUGCAAUAUGAUGGAUCGUGAAAGCUUAGCGGAAUGGGCAAAGGAUAAGCCGUUGAGCAUUCUUCAAUUGGAUCCAGCUGACCGGGCUGUUUUACGGAUUGCAGAUGAACGAGACGCCAUUCAAAAGAAAACAUUUACAAAAUGGGUCAACAAACAUCUGAAAAAGCAUUGGAAAUAUGUGAAGACAUACACACAUCUACAUGUAUGUGUUUUCAUCAAUGGAAGUUCUUGUUGUCCCCCAGCAGCAUCCCGUCGUGUAGAUGAUUUAUUUGAGGAUUUACGAGAUGGCCAUAAUCUUUUAUCUCUGUUGGAAGUACUUUCUGGCGAACCACUUCCAAGAGAGAAAGGAAAAAUGCGAUUUCAUAUGCUUCAAAAUGCUCAAAUGGCUUUGGACUUUCUGCGAUAUAAAAAAAUUAAAUUAGUUAAUAUCCGUGCUGAGGACAUUGUUGAUGGAAAUCCGAAACUUACGCUAGGUUUGAUAUGGACGAUUAUAUUACACUUCCAGAUAUCCGAUAUUGUUGUUGGUCAAGAAGACAAUGUAACAGCCCGCGAAGCCUUAUUACGAUGGGCACGUCGUUCAACCGCCCGUUAUCCGAACGUGCAUGUGAACGAUUUUACUGGCUCUUGGCGCGACGGUUUGGCAUUCUCUGCACUUAUCCAUCGCAAUCGACCCGAUUUACUUGACUGGCGAAAAGCACGAUCGGCUCGACCACGAGAACGUCUUGAAACUGCAUUCCAUGUCGUUGAGAAGGAGUACGGUGUUACGCGGCUGUUAGAUCCAGAAGAUGUUGAUACGAACGAACCGGAUGAGAAAUCUCUUAUCACCUACAUCAGUUCCCUGUACGAUGUCUUCCCCGAACCACCAUCAUUCCAUCCAUUAUACGAUAUGGAUUCGCAACGUCGCGUACACGAAUACAAAGAAUUGGCUCAACACUUGUUGUAUUGGUGUCGCGAGAAAACUGCUCUACUGCAGGAACGAAAUUUCCCUCCCACAUUAAUCGAAAUGAAACGACUUCUCAGCGAUUUACAUCGCUUCCGAAACGAAGAAGUGCCGCCGCGUCAACGCGACAAACAGAAGGUGUUCCAAAUCUACAAAGAAUUGGAAAAGUAUUUCGAAUCCAUCGGUGAAGUGGAAGUGGACUCCGAACUUCGGCCCGAUUCGAUUGAAAAAGCUUGGCAUCGCUUGCAAUCGGCGAUGGCUGACCGUGAUCAAAUUUUGCAACAGGAAGUUCAGCGCUUGGAGCGUUUGCAACGCAUCGCUGAUAAGGUGCAACGUGAAAUUAAACACACCGAUUCACGUCUGACCGAUUUGGAGCAACGAAUCUCAGAGGAAGCUCGUCGCAUCGAACGCCUCCAUCCAAUCGAUGCGAAGAAUAUUGUUGAAGCGCUUGAAACGGAAAUUCGUCACUUGGAACAACCGAUUCAGGAGAUGAACGAAGAUUGUUUGGUGUUGAAAGAUGGUCAUUAUCCGCAAGCUGGUGAUCUCCAGAAGAAAGUCACAAAACUCCAUCAACGAUGGUCUCAACUUCGUGCCACAUUCCACACAAGCCUUGUUCAGAAACUAUCAGGCUUACGUUAUCCCGUCCAAGAAACAGUCGUUACCAAACAGACACGUACCGUCAUCGAGGCACGCACUGUCGAUACCAAUCCUUACUUCAAGGAUCUGCAGGAGUACACCGAAUGGUGUCAGAAUAAAUUGAAACAAAUCCUGGCAGCUGAUUAUGGCUCCGAUGUGCCAUCGGUGAAAGCAGAGCUUGAACGACACCAGCAAGAACAUCGCGUCAUCGAUAAAUUCCAUUCGAAGGUUUUGCAUUGCGAAAGACAACAGACAAACUUCAGCGGAGACGAGUUGAAUUUGUACCAGCAGCGACUCAGCCAAUUGCAAAAGGUCUACGCAGAGUUGUUGAGCACAUCAACGAAACGUUUAUCCGAUUUGGAUGCUCUGCAAAACUUUUUGGCUGCAGCCAAUGCUGAAUUGCAAUGGUUGAACGAUCGAGAACAAGUGGAAGUGGGACGCGAUUGGGCAGCUAAGGAAUUGGAUUUGCCGGGAAUUCAUCGUUAUUACGAGAAUCUAAUGUCCGAAUUGGAGAAACGAGAGAUGCACUUUGCAUCGAUUUUGGACCGCGGUGAAGCAUUAUUGUUGCAACAACAUCCAGCUGCGAAAUGCAUCGAAGCCCAUCUACAAGCGCUGCAGUCUCAAUGGUCGUAUCUAUUGCAAUUGACAUUGUGCCUAGAAGUUCAUUUGAAACAUGCUACCGAGUAUCAUACGUUCUUUGCCGAAAUCAAGGAUGCUGAAUUGUGGUUGGCUAAACGCGACGAAAUUCUCAAUUCAAAGUACUCACAAGCCGAUUUCGGUCUGGAUCAGGGUGAAAAUUUGCUACGCGGUAUGCAAGAUCUGCGCGAAGAAUUGAAUGUGUUCGGCGAAACCGUUCAAGUGCUUCAACAACGUGCCCAAACAAUUGUGCCAUUAAAACAACGAAAGCAACCGGUCAAUCGUCCGAUACCAGUUCAAGCAAUUUGUGCCUACAAACAGGGUAAUGUUUCCCUCGAAAAGGGUGAAACGUGCACCCUCGUCGAUACAUCCGGACGCGUCAAAUGGAAGGUGCGCUCAUCGAAAGGCGUCGAAGGUCCCGUUCCCGGUGCCUGUUUACUCAUUCCGCCACCCGAUCCCGAAGCCAUCGAAGCCGCUGACCGAUUGAAACGAUUCUUUGACCGAUCGGUUGCGCUGUGGCAAAAGAAGCAGUUGCGAUUGCGACAGAACAUGAUAUUUGCUACCAUUAAAGUGGUUAAAGGCUGGGACUUUGACCAGUUCUUGGCAAUGGGAGCGGAACAGAGAACUGCCAUUAGACGAGCGUUGAAUGACGAUGCUGAUAAAUUGCUAUCGGAAGGUGAUCCAGCCGAUCCACAAUUGAGAAGAUUGCGCAGAGAAAUGGAUGAAGUUAAUCGAUUGUUUGAUGAUUUCGAAAAACGGGCUCGAGCUGAAGAGGAAAGCAAACAAGCCACUCGAAUCUUCACCGAGGAAUGCAUUUCCUUCAAGAACAAACUGGAGGAUAUGGCCCGUGAACUGGAUCACAUCAUCCUGUCACCAUUACCGCGCGAUCUUGACUCCCUAGAGCAUGCCGUGCAAAUACACGAAGACUAUCGUCGACGAUUGCAUCUACUCGAACCGGAUCUAAAACAUCUGCAAGAAACAUUCCGCACCAUUGCUCUGAAGACGCCUCAGUUGAAGAAGAGCCUGGACAGUCUGGUCGAUUUGUGGAAGGAAUUGAAUACGCAAAGCGAUUUGCACGGCGACAGAUUGAAAUUGUUGGAAGGAGCACUGGCCGGUUUGGAAGACAAUGAACAGGUCAUUUCGGAAUUGGAAGGUGCUUUGGCCAAACAGUAUGAAAUGCCAUCGACAUUGGACGGUCUCCAAAUCGUGUUCAAACAAUUGUCAGCCCUGCAAGACAUUAUCACCCAACAACAGCCACAGAUCGAUAAAAUGAACGAUUCUGCCGAUCAAUUGGGUCGUAUGGGUGUGCCGACGAAAGUGUUGAGCGAUUUGAAACGGCUCCAUGCGAACGUCGAACGUUUGAACGUGCGCUGGAACAAUGUCUGUGGACAAUUGGCCGACAGAUUACGCAGUUGCGAAAAUGCCAUCGGUGUGAUGACAAAACUUCAAACUAGUCUGGUUGCCGAAGAGACCUGGGUUGACGGUGCUGCCGAGAAAUUGGCUUCGCUGCCGACGGCCACAUCUGCCUAUGAAUUGGAUAAAUUACUUGGUGCUGCUGUUGAACGUACACCAAAAAUUGAACAGGUCAAUUUGAAUGGCGGACGACUCAUACGAGAAGCUAAGAUUUAUGAUGGAAAGUGUCUGCAUUAUGUCGAUUGGUUGGUCGAAACUCGGCCAAGUUUUUCGCCACCACGACGAGAUAUGCGGUUACCGGAUGCUGACCCGGGCGCCACGGAAGUGUACACUCAACGUUUGGACGAAUUGAAUAGAAAAUUCGAAAAGCUGCUGGAAUCGUUGUCACAGCGAUUGAAGACAGCGGUAGAAGUUAGCGGUGUUGAUGGAUUGCGUUACGCCGAGAGUCGUAGUGAACCUCUGCGUACGUAUCGUGUUGAAUUCAAUUUGGGGGGACCGCAAGGUGAUGCUCCAAUUGAAGAUCGGUACACAUCCAGUUACAGUACAACAAACAUUAGCACGUCCAAACUAAACACUUCGAAAACCAUAGUCCGUGACACAACCGACUAUGCAUCUAAUUUCGAGUCACCAUCGAAAAACAACCGCAGCCACGAACAAUCUCCAGUCGCUGGCGAUUCGGUGCACUUCUCCGAAAUCCGUAGUCACAAGCGAAUCGUUCAGUCUCACGAAAGUGUGGGCACGGAUAAUAAAAUUCUCGAUACCACUGGCAUCAUUGAUCCGAAAUCAGGCCGUAACCUGACUGUAGGUGAAGCCAUACAGAUGAGAAUAUUAGAUGUUCGCACCGGCGAAAUCCUAAUAACGGAACGCGGAAAACGUAUUAGCAUUGAGGAAGCUGUGCGUCAGAAAUUGAUCGAUCCAUCGUUGGCGUCAAGCCUCUUACAACCAGGAGCAGCAGUUGAUCAACACGGACAUCCAAUAAGUCUGUUGCAAGUGAUUCAGAAGGAGAUAUUGGAUGCAGAGAAUGGAUACGAUUCGACCGCGAAACGGAUAAAGGUAACAACAUACAGCAGUGAAGAAGGACCAACAAUAAGCAUUGCCGAUGCCAUUAGUAAAGGAGUCGUUGAUUCGAAAACGGGUCUAUAUCGUACCAAAACCGGUGCAUUGAUUUCAAUCACUGAAGCGUACAAUCGUGGUUAUUUGUCGCGAAAGCAACAGGUCACACUUCGACCCAAUAUAUUGUGUUUGUCCGAUGCCAUUGCGCAUGGAUUAGUGGAUACGAGUGGUUGGGUAAUUGAUCGGAAUACUGGCGAAACAUUCCGGUUAGAUAAGGCUAUUGAUAAUGGUUUGAUUGAUGCUACGACUCGCGAAAUUGUUGAUGCUAAAAAUGAUGUUAAGGUGACGUUAGAGCAAGCUCUUAAGUCUGGCAUUUUGAAUGCGAAAACGGGUCGCUACGUGCAAGACGUGUCGAAAGAAAAGUUAACAUUUAUCGAGGCGAAAAAUCGCCAAUUAAUUUGCAAACCUUUUACACUAAAAGACGUCUGUGAUUUGAAUGCACUUGAUAAGAAUGGGUUGAUUCAGUCGCCUACAAGAAAGCAGAAAUUGUCUAUUAUCGAAGCAAUGAAUGUGGGUGUCUUAGAUAGUGAUAACUACGAAGCAGUUACGGUUACUAAAGGGGAAUUAGUUACUUUGUCCGAAGCUCUUGCGAGAGGGGUUGUACUACCGGAAAGUAAAUAUGUUGAUAACUCCACUAAAGAAGUCAUGUCAAUACCUGACGCAGUGGGAAGAGGACUCAUAUCUUCUGUGUCGGUAAAGUCAAUUUUCCACAUUGAAGGCUUUAGAGACCCCUAUUCGGGUGACAACAUACCUCUAAACGAAGCUCUUGCUAAGAACGUGUUGCGUCGUCAAGGCGACUGCUUUACAUUAGAUUCGGGUAAGGGAAAUCUUGUAAGUCUCGCGACUAGUGUUGAAGAUGGUCAUAUUAGGCCAGAAAUUUACGAAAUGCUUAAUCGAAAAAUUGGUAUAGCUCACCCUGUGAACGGAUCGGAAUUGUCGGUUUUGGAUAUUGUUUUUCAUGACUUCAUUGACCCAAAAACCGGCUUCUUGAAGGAUCCCGUUAGUAAAUCAAUUCUUCCGUUGAACAAUGCCAUCGAAAAUGAGUUCAUAACACCGGAGGGCGCUCUGUUGCUAAACAGUUUGCUUAACAUUAAACUGACUACGGAAACAGUCAUCAAAUCGGUGAACCGGUACGUGACAAUUACAGACACGGAACAGCCAGAGAAUGCUAACGUUAUUCUAACAUUCACUGAAGCGGUUCGAAAAGGUUUGGUAGACGAGGCUCGUCAAAUGUUCAAAGAUCCUAAUUCUGGAAACGUGUACUCCGUUCAACAAGCCUUAAAUUACGGACUACUGACGCCAGACCCUGACAGCUCACCCCUUUCACCAACAUCUACUAUCAAAAUUGUUCAUAAAACUAUUGUUCCCGACCAGUCAGUCGCUUCUACCUCGUCAAAUGCUCCAAAUCCCGUUGAAUACACCACAAUCCGCUCAAAAACAAUUUAUGAAACUCCGCAGUUAGAGACUGCAAAGACUACAUCGUUCACUACAAAUAACAUCCAUACAACGUCCACCACCACCUCAAAUGUUUCCAAAUCUGUAACCGAGUUCAUUAACAUUGAACGUGGAAGUGCAGUUAAGGAGCGUCAAGUCUUAGAACUACCUCCAGAGGGAUGGUUCCUGUCGCAGGCCAUUGAACAAAAACUAUUCGACACAAAUACCGGUCUUUUCUUGAUUCCCGGCACAGAUCGAUUGGUUAGCUUCGAAGAGUGCAUAAAAUUGCAGAUAAUCAAUCCGAAAUCUGUCUCCGUGAUCGAUCCGUCAAACGAUCGUAAGAUUACGGUACUACGAAGUCUGGAAAAACGAAUUCUCGAUGCCACUGGCAAUUACAGAUCGAAAAACAAUUUAAUUGGCAUGACAGAUGCCAUCAAAAUGGGUAAAAUUAUAUUGGAAAUACCAGAAGUCAUUGACGAGACAAACCAGAGACUCAUUCAAAUUAUUAAAGAAACUGGAAAACCAAUUAAGGUGGAAGUGUCCAAUAAACUUGAUUCGAAUCCGCCUACGUUCACUUCGGUUAAAGUUGCAUCUGUCGAUCUUCCGAGUCCGGAGCCAGUUCAAAUAGCACCCGGAAUCAUUUAUGAUCCAUCUACUGCCUUAGUCAUUUUCACUGACACUGGACGCUCGGAAUCCAUAAUCACGGCUGUGAAUGAGGGAAAAGUUGAUGAAAAUUUAGUUCGUAUUAAUGAUCCGUCUACAGGAAAGAGUAUUACAAUUGGUGAAGCUAUAAGGUCCUCCAUUGUGAAUCCGAACACUGGCGAAGUAACGGAUGGCAAUGGAAAGAAAAUUAACUUAAUCGAAGCGGUCAAGUAUGGAUUACUUGCCGUUGCUGGAACACCUUUGGUGGCAGCUGCUGGUGCUAUUAAUACAUUAAAAUUGAUAAUUGACCCUAAAACAGGUGAACAUAUUCCAAUCGAACUUGCGUACGAAAGAGGCAUUGUUCCCCAUGAAACAUCUUUCCCUACGGAAGAAAAGCAGUCUCCGACAAAGAAUAUAAUUUUCCGUAGUCCCGAAACAGGCAAAGAUAUUUCUCUAGACGAAGCUAUCGCGUCAGGUCUUGUUAAUCCGGCCGACGUAGAUAAGCUGUUGAGUUCACAAAGUUCAUCCAUAAUUACUUCUUCUAUGCAAUCAUUCAGCACCAGAACACGUUCUACUUCAGUUGUGGUGAAAGACCCACAAACUGGGGAGAAAGUUUCGCUCGAUGAAGCUGUGGCAAAGGGCCUAAUAACUCCAGAAGAAGCUCAGAAGUUAAUCAAAUCUACAACACCCGUUCAAACUACAAUCGUUAUCAAUGAUCCCAAAACAGGCAAAAGUUUGUCACUUGAAGAGGCAGUUGCUGAGGGUUUACUUACUCCUGAAGAUGCUCUAUCCCUUCAACAGUCUGAUACACCCAUCACUUCUACCAUAGUUAUUCAAGACCCAUCAACUGGGAAUACAAUUUCACUAAAAGAUGCGAUGGACAAAGGACUGAUUGAUCAAUCCGAUGUCGAUAGAAUUUUAAGAUCGAACGAGCUUCCCACUCAAAUGGAAGUUGAUUCCACUACACUUCGUUCACAAGUCCCGGAGGUGUUCAACAAAAACGAUACAGAGAAGACAGCUAAAGUAUUGACUUUAGAGAGCAUUAGUCUCGAAGAUGGAACACUUCCAGCACCUGGCGAAUUGACACGUUCUCGUGUAACCACGGAGCCUAAAUUCCAAGUCUCUAUUGGUCGAGCCCGAUCACUUUCUCAAAGUCCAGAUAAAGAAGGACGACCAGUGGUUUUACAAAAAAUGCGAAAGCGAAUUGUAAAACCAGCUGAUGCUCUUGAAAGCGGAAUUAUUGAUGAACAAACUGCUACGGUAUUAGACAAGCGUGAGACAUUUACCGAUCCUAAUGGCGAAGCAAUAACAUUAGCGGAAGCAAUUGCUCAGAAGAAGAUUGAUGGAGAAUCGGGCAGAAUUGUCGAUCCUCAACGGGGAGAUAUUUUGAACAUAAAUCAGGCCAUAGACAGAGGUAUUCUGGAUCCAGAGGGUACGAAUCACAUUUUAGUUCCUUUGAACAAAAGUCUUUCGGUUCCUCAACUUCAGAGUCAAGGUUUAAUCGAUCCGAACAAUCAAAUGAUUAUUCAUCCAGAAACCGGAAGUGCUUUGUCUUUGAAAGAAGCCAUAGUCUGUGAAAUCGUUGAUAAAUAUUCAAAAAUGAAAGAACCAACUGGUGCUGUUGUAACUCUGGAGAAAGCCAUCGAAAAAGGCUGUGUUGAUGAUGAAAAUUCGACUGUGCUAACUCGCGCAGGUACCGUCGAUCUACUUAAUGCAGUUAAGCAAAAUGUCUUUGAUCCUCAAGAGAAUGUUUCAUCUUCUAGCAGUAUUCCCAUAUUAGGCAUGACCUUGCCAGUUGCUGUCAAGCGCGGUCUAGUAGACGAAACGACUUAUGAUAUUUCUCAUCCGAUUACGCAUCAGAAACAGUCAAUUCCUGAUGCAAUUGAUUCACAUUUCAUUAUGCCAGUGCCUUAUGCUCCGAAUGCCGACGGAAUUUCCAUCGAAGAUGCCUUAUCGGCUCGCUUAAUUGACACCAAAUGCAGUACGUUUAAGACUCCAAAAACUGGCGAGAUAAUUCCAUUAACUGAAGCGAUUGAAACAGGCUUAUUGAUUAUAAAGCCUUUGCCAGAGUUGAUGGCACUAUAUUCGUCAGGUCCAGUAACUUCAGUUACUGAAACUAAGACCUCGGUUCAUACCAUUACCACCAAAACAGUCGAACUAUUGAGUGGCUACCAACUAGUAUCAGCCAACGAAGUUCGUAAUAUUCAGACAGGCGAAUCGUACACUUUAGAAGAAGCAAAAGGAUUCGGCAUAGUCAGGGAUGAAUGUCACACUCGAGAGCAAUUUGCUACUAGGGAAAUUAAAGUUAAUUUCUCAGAUGCCAUACGUCGUGGCCUGGUGAAUAUAAGAGCAGGAACAUUUACUGACCCUAAAUCCGGUGCAGUCAUGCCCAUUCAGCAAGCGGUAGAUGAUGGCUUCUUAGAAGCAGGUACUGAGGGUAUUGCCGAUGAUGUUGAAGACUUUGAUGAUAGCACUCAGAAGGUCACUCAUACGGUAAACCAAACAAGUGACGUUUACACUACUUCAGUCAAACACUCCGGUUCAGACUUUGUUGAUCCUAGGACAAGAGACGAAAAUAAUAAAGAUGAGGGCAAAAAUUCGACGCUGAGCAGCGUCAAAGAUGCUGCAAAGAUGGGUCUGUUAGCCGUCGUUGGAGCGCCAAUUUUAGCAGGAAUGGCUAUUACGGAUGCGGUAAGAAAAGCCACUUCUAAAUCCGAAACCGAAUCUGUUACUACAGUAACUAGUGAUCCCAAGAAAGUUAUCUCUAAAAUCGAAACCGAGUCUGUUACGGCCGAAAGUGAGCCGAAAAAAGCUACCUCUAAAACUGACAUCGAAUCUGUUACUACAGUAACUAGUGAGCCGAAAAAGGUUACGUCUAUAAUCGAAACCGUAUCUGUUACGACAGUAACUAGUGAGCCGAAAACACUCGAGCAUCAUAUAACUACCUCACAAUCUGAAACUGUACAACAAACCAAGGAGGUUUCAGAGAAAAUCACUGCCGAUGUUUCUGAUGGUUUUGUCGACAAACAAGCAGAAGAUAGACUUCAACUGCCGUUAGCUAAUGCAAUUUCUCUAUCCAAAAUCGAUCCUGAUUCGUGUGAAAUAAUUGUCAAUGGAAGCCCAUUAAAAUCGACAGUUCAAAAAGCUCUCGAUUCAGACCAGAUCAAUCUUACCGACAUUGUGGAAGUUAUUUCGAGAAAUCAAGUUGUUCUCAUCGAAACCAUUCAACCCGAAACGCUAUUGACAAUCGAACAAAUCGCAGAUAUUGGCGCCUAUGAUAUUGACGCCGACUGUUUCGUUGAUCCACAAACCGGUGAUCGAAUAUCUUUUGUUUCAUUCAUUUACGACCUGGGAAUAUUUGAUCCGGAUCGAAUUUUCGUCAAAGACCAAAGACACGAAAGAUUCGAACCUUUGGCAACUGCUUUGGAGAAACCAUUGAUUGACAGACAUACCGGUCAUAUGGUUGAUAGUAAGACAGGGAAGCGAGUACCAUUCUUUGAAUGCAUUAAGAAAGGAUGGAUCAUACAAAAAUCGCCCGAAGAUCUUGAAGCUGCAGAUCUUUCGAAUGUUGCAUUUGACCCAAUUACGGGUGUUCUCAGUUUGAAUGAUGGCGAACAAGUCCCGAUUGAGGAAGCCAUUGAUUCUGGUUUGGUCAAUAUUGACACAGUCUCCAUUAGAGAUCCGGUAACUUCGGAAAUAAUUCCAUUAGCCGUAGCCAUCCAAAAGGGAAUAGUCGAUCUUAAACGGGGCAUUAUCAUCAAUACGAUAACUCAUGAAGAAAUCGCUUUGGCAACGGCGUAUACACAAAAAUUACUUAUUUCCGGCUCUAGACAACCCGUUUCCCUGGAAGCUGUUGUCAAUCAAGGACUUUACGAUCCGACAACCGGCAAAAUUACCGACGUUGUUGACAAUGAUGCCGUUAACAUUCAGGAUUCAAUCCACAAAGGCAUAGUUGAUCCCAGCAUAUCUUUGAUCAGGAAUACUAAAUCAACGAAAUUGGCCACAUUAGCCGAAGCUCUGGAUGAAAAUUUAGUAGACAGUGAAAGCGGAACGGUUGAAGAUACGAAAAAUAAGAAGUUCGUCACAUUAGACGAAGCUCUUAAGCAAAAUAUGAUCUCAACGAAGGAGGUAACUUGGGAUUUCUUAGAGGUGUUACAGAAAGGGUAUUAUAAUUCUGAAACGGGAAAAAUACUAAACCCUAUGACAGGGGAACGAGAUACGCUUCAGAAGUCCAUUGAGGUGGGCUUCGUAGAUAUAGCUUCAACUCUAGUUAAAGACGAUCAGAAUGAUGCAGUUGUAAGCUGCGCUGAUGCUAUCGAAGACGGUCUGAUCGAUGUUAAUAAGGGAGUUCUUACGCAGCCAGAGAUGAAACUAGACUCUGCCUUAGAGAAGGGCUAUUUGUUAAGUUCUAAGAAACCACUUUCACUUAUCGAUAUCAUUGUACGGAACAUGUACGACCCGUUAACAGGCUUAAUAACAAUCGACGGCGUAUCUAUGACUUUAGAAGAAGCUGUCGAUAAAGGUUUCAUCAAAGUGAACGAGCUAAUUGUUCGUGAUCCGAAAACCGGAAACAUUUAUCCUCUUCAAGAGGCUAUUCAGUUGGGUAUUAUUCAACCAGCUACUGGCCUGUACGUUGAUCUUCACUCAGGUCUUCAACUAAACCUUGUCGAUGCCUUAGAACGCGGGCUAUUACUCCAAACGAAACGCAAAUGCAGUCUUCCCGAUGCUGUAUUCAAAGGACUUUAUGAUCCAAAAUCGGGCACAUUCAGUAGCACGUUGACGUCGGAAAAAUUAUCCACCGACCGAGCGAUAAAACGCGGUAUCAUUGACCCUCAGUCGACUAUUGUCAAUGUUAAUGGUAGAGUGCUACCGUUUGAACUGGCUGUAGAAAAUGGAUUAGUUAAUGCUCGCCGGGGUACUGUAGUUGAUGAUCAAGGCAACAAAAUUGACUAUCGUGAAGCCUUCGAUCGCGGAAUUUUGGUGGAAGUUAAGCAUCCGAUAAGUUUGUCUGAGGCAUUGUUGAAAGGUCUUUAUGAUGAAACGUCUGGGUUGAUUAUGGAUCCUCAAACUGGCAAACAAUUAACUUUGGCGCAAGCGCUUGUUAAGAAAAUGAUUGACCCUAAUUCCGUUCAAAUGAAAGACCAAAGCACCGGUUUAUACAAACCCAUUUCGCUUUUCGAUGCCACAGAGAGUGGCAUCAUCAAUGGACAAAACUCUCAAGUGUUGUUCAACGAUGGUAGAAUUAGCUUGAAGGAAGCUUUCGAUACCGGACUUUUAUGUGACACAAAAGCUCCAAUUAGUGUUCAACGUGCCAUUCAUCAAGGUCUUUAUGACGAGAAAACGGGUAAAAUUCAUGAUCCACAUUCGGGACGUAAAAUAACAUUAUUCGAAGCGACCCGGAAGUUUGUCAUCAAUCCUCAGCUUCCAUGUUACUUUGACGAGAACAAUGAACGUUUGUUAAGCUUAGCUGACACUUGUCGGGAACAGUUGAUUGAUCGUCGCGAAGGGGUGUUCAAAGAACCAGGAAGUGAUGUUUUCGUGCCCCUUAAUCAGGCAAUGGCUUUGGGACUUAUCGUUGAUAUCGAAAGCGGAGGUUUUGGGUUGUAUGAAACAUUAGCGAUGGGACUUUACGAUAACGAAACCAAAUGUAUUAUUCAUCCGGUAAAUAAUGGCCGGUUCACUUUGAAGCAGGCAUGCAGUAUAGAUGUUGUGAAUACCAUAUCUUCUCUAGUAAAAACAUCUGACGGCAAAUAUGUUCGAUUAGAUAAAGCCGUCGAACUGGGCUGCAUCAAUGACGAGGAGGGAGUGUAUGUACUUCCGAAAUAUUCCAUUGAUUUGCAGGAAGCCCGACAUCGCGGCCUCAUUGUUACGAAUCAAAAACUUUUGUCGGUCGAAAAAUCCAUCAGAAAUCAGUUGUAUCGAUCAGACAAUGGUAAAUUUGUCGAUCCUUCUACCAACGUAUUCUAUGAUAUUCAGGGGGCAAUCGACUGCGGUCUGAUUGACAGUGACACAACUGCAUUCAAAAAUCUGCUGACCGGACAACAGAAAUCCAUUAGUCAAGCUAUUAAAGACGGAGACAUUGAUGUGUCGCGAGGCAGAGUUCUCGAUCCCAAAACUAAACGUUCGUACAAUUUCGAUGUGGCCUUAUCCAACGGCCUUUUAGUGACGGUGGAUAAGCCCAUAACUGGUAGAAAUUUGAUCCGAAAAGAUAGUAUUGACUCAUUCGCUCAAGCCGGUGCUAACCGACAGCCCCGUGAAAUGAGCCUGGACGAAGCUAUUCGUUAUGAAAUUAUCAAUCCAGAAACUGCUGUAGUUAAAGACCCAGCCACAAGUAAAUUCAAAACCUUAGCUCUUUUAAUGACCGAAAAAACCGUUGACUUAGAGCAACGUGCUGUAAUCGAUCCGAAUGCAUUGUUUUUCACAUUCGACCCGACCUUUAUUGUUUACGCACACAAACCAUUAUCGUUUGACGAAGCCGUGGAAUCAAAAGCACUCGAUUUAUCUACCGGCAAAUUUACGGAUACGCUGGACAAUGUCGUCCAUUCGUUGAAGGACGCAAUAAAUAUCGGACGCAUCGAUCCUGAAUCAGCUUUGAUCAAGGAUGGAGCCAAGAAGAAACUGGUUCGUCUACCAGAAGGCUACCGAAAAGGAUUAAUUGAUGCCGAGAAAAGCAACGUUUUGGAUACGAACACAUCCAAAAUGGUUACCUUGGACACUGCGGUAGAAACUGGUUUAAUCAUCACACCGAAGAGAGCCUUCUCGCUGCUGGAAACUCUAAGCUACAGUUUAUACAAUCCAACGACUGGAGGAUUCUCGGAUCCGUUUAUAACUACCAGCGUCAUCGAACGACGUCGUUUAACGCUAAGUGAUUCGAUCGCGUCUGGAUUGAUUGAUCCAACGUCAACAGUUGUUAAGGACACAGAGAAUAGUACUAUUGUGCCGUUAGUGACAGCUUUAGGUACAGGUUUAGUUGAUCCGAUUGCGGGUCGUUUAGUUGAAAGCAGUGACAAGUCAAUUGAUUUGAUUAAAGCGAUGGAUUGUGGACUUUUGCUAGCUGCCGAGCAGCGGCAAGCGGUUAUCGAGAAAUUCAACUUGUGUGAAGAUAAUCUCUCUGGACUUCUGAAAUGGAUAGCACAGGUGGAACAAAAAAUUGCAUCGGUUGGCGGUCCAAAGGAACGAAUCGACGAACUACGCAAUCAAAUCAAUGUUCUCAAACAAAUCAAAGAUGAUAUCGACAGUCAAUCACGACCGGUAUCGUCCUGUUUGGAACAGGUGCGACAACUUGUUUUAACUGGUGGUGAUGUUCUCAGUGCCCCGGAGGUGUCGGCUUUGGAAAGUUCUGGUCGUGAGUUACGAUCUCGUGUUGAUCACGCUCAAGAGCGAACAUCUAAACUGUUGAGACGCUUGGAAUCUGCCCGAGAUGAACUCGGAAAACUUAGAUCGGAAUUGGAAAUAUUCUCAACUUGGUUGCAAACAGCUCGACGAACACUGGAAGACAAAGAAUCGUCUCUGUCAGAUCUGAAUCGUUUAUCGUCCCAAGCUGAAUCAACUCGCGAAUUUGUCAGCGAUGUUAUUGCUCAUCAAGCUGAUCUUCGAUUCAUUUCAAUGUCAGCCCAGAAAUUCGUUGACGAGAGCAAGGAUUACCUGAACAUUCUGAACGACUUCCGAACAUCGCUGCCAGACCGUUUACAUCAUAUCGAACCAUUGGCAAGCUCAGAAAGCCCAAUACGUAAAGAGGUUCAACUGGUGUCCGCCCAAUACAAGGAUCUACUCAACCGAGCAAAUGCCCUAUCCGAUCGUCUUUCUGGUCUUGGUGGUCGCCAACGAGACUAUCAAGAUGCUCUAGACAAAGCACGAAACUGGCUCAACGAAAUUCAACCAAAAGUGUCCAAGACCUUAUCUGAUCCGAUUGCUGCCGAUCCAUUAGCUGUACAAGAACAGAUGGGAGAAGCGAAAGCACUGCACAAUGAAUUCCUUUCACAAGGACGGCUCAUCGAUAACGUUCAACAGUGUCUAUCUACUUUGUUGAAGUCUUUGGCUGGACAGCUGAGCCCAUCGGAAGUGUCAGCUCUUGAAAUUCCGGUUGAACAAGUUCGUGAUAGAUACAAUCAACUGUUGGAAGCUCUAGGUGACCGUUGCAAGUUACUGGAUACCGCUCUGGUUCAAUCUCAAGGUGUUCAAGAUGCAUUAGAUGGCCUGGUCAAUUGGGUGAAUCAAGCUGAAGAUAAGUUCAAAGUCAGCUUCCGGCCAGCUUCUUUGAUUAAGGAGCGUUUGCAAGAUCAAGUACGUGAACACCGUAGCUUAAUGGCCGAUUUGGAGUCACAUCAUGCUAGUAUGGCCAGUGUAACUAAGUCAGCUGGAGAUCUCAUAGCCACUGCAUCGAACGCCCGCAUGGCAAAGAAAAUCGAAGGCAAACUUCAGGACGUUGUUGGUAGAUACGAAAAACUGUUCGAAAAAGCCUCCAAACGCGGUGACUUCUUGGACGAAACAUUGGCUCAAUUGAAUACAUUCAACGAUGACAGUUCGAACGUAGAAAUAGAACUUUCGAAUCUGUACGAAGCCCUAGACAGUCGUGAGCUGACAUCACUUCCAGCCGAAGAAUUGGCCAACCGAAUGUACGAAAUGGCCAGAAUUAAGGAUAGUCUACGGCCAGCAUAUGAAAAUUGCGUACGACUCGGUAAAGAUUUGGUUGCUAAGCGAGAUGUCACAGACACUGGUCCAGUUCGUGAUCGUGUCAAGGCAUUGGAAAAUCAAUGGAAGAAUUUGGACACUUCAUUGGAUGAGAAAGCAAAACUAUCCAAGCAAAAGGCGGAGCAUCUCAGCUCUUACGAGAAACUCAAAGACCAAGUUCUCGGAUGGUUAUCUCGAAUCGAAGCCAAGACAAAUGGUCUCUCUCCAGCGGCUGUUGAUUUAGAUGUCAUCGUGCGUCAAAUUGAAGAGCUGAAACCGAUCGUUAAAGAGCAUCGCGAUUAUGGCCCAACCAUUGACAAAGUAAACGAUUUGGGAGCUCAAUACGAAGCAUUAAUUCGCCCAGACAGUCCCGGAAGAAAACGAUCUACAUACAGCCCAACGAAACGACCUACCACUAGUCCAUUGAGAAGAAUGUCUGGCGAUGAUCGUGCAUCCAGCCCAAGUAAGACUCCGGCUGUAUCACCAUUGUCACCCGGUGGAUCGAGUGGAUUUGGUAGUCGCAGAUCGUCGCAAGAUGGAUUCCAAUUAUCCGAUUUGUCACCAAUUCAACAGCAGCUCACUGAAAUAAACAAUCGUUACAGUUUGGUUGGUGCUCGAUUGAAUGAUCGCUCGAAUGAAUUGGACGGUUUGAAGGACGAAGUGAAGAAACACCAUGAGAGUCUUAAAACUUUGUCGGCAUUCUUGGACAAAAUUCAACGACAAGUGCCGAAAGAAGCCAUCGGAACGAAAGACGAAGCUGAACGGUGCACAAAACAGGCCCGGAAAGUUCUCGAAGAAAUGUACGAACGACAAAGCCUAUUGGAUUCGACCAAAGCUCAAAUCAAGGACUUGUUGAAGAGAAAGCCCGAUGUAACUGGUGCUGAUCGUCUUCGUAACGAAUUGGAAGAAGUUGCAGAUAGAUGGAAAGGACUCAACGAUCUCUGCAAGGACCGUAUAAACUUCUCCGAACAACUACGUGACUUCCUCGACACUCAUGAUAAUCUCAGUACAUGGUUGAGUGCCAAAGAACGCAUGUUGACAGUGUUGGGACCGAUUUCGUCAGAUCCACGCAUGGUACAGAGUCAAGUGCAACAGGUUCAAGUACUACGUGAAGAGUUCAGAGGUCAACAGCCACAAUUAAACCAUUUGCAAGAUGUCGGUCAUGUCGUGAUCGAUUACUUAAACGCUACAUCUCCUGAAGGCAGAGCCGUUGUAACCAAACUUAACAAUGUUCAAACCAAAUGGGACGACUUGGUCGCAAGAUUAGAGGAACGUGCCCAGAGUUUAGGAGCAGCUGCCGAUUCCAGUAAAGAAUUCGAUGCAGGAUUAAAUCGCUUGCGAGAAGCAUUGCAAACAAUUAGCGACAGCCUAGACGCACUACCAACCGAUCGGGAUCAUCAAGAAACGUUAAGAAAAAUCGAAAAUCUUGAUCGCCAGCUCGAAGGUCAACGUCCAUUGUUAGCUGAUGCUGAAGCUGCCGCUGCUGCUUUGUGCAACGUUUUAGGAGAUCCAGCGUCACGAGCCGAUGUGAAUGCUCGAGUUGGUGCUCUUGGCAAACAAUACCAAGCUCUUCAAAAGAAAUUGGACAAUCGUAAAGCAGAGAUGGAAGCAGCCUUACGAGACGGUCGUCAAUUCGGUGAAAGUUGUGCUCGUACCCUUGGCUGGUUGGCUAGUGAAUUGGGUGAAUUAAGCGAACGUUUGUUAAUUUCUGCCCAUAAGCCAGUGCUUCAACAUCAAAUCGACACCCAUGAGCCCAUCUAUCGAGAAGUUAUGGCCCGUGAACACGAAAUCAUCAUGUUGUUGAACAAAGGCAAAGAACUUCAAGGGAAACCAACUUCGACCGAUCGAACUCUUCAAAGAGAUCUGGAAAAGAUAUCCCAACAAUGGGAGAAACUUCGUCGUGAAGCUGUCGAUCGUCAUUCCCGUUUGCAAACAUGUAUGGAACAAUGCAAGAAAUACGGUGCUGCUUCAGAGGUGUUUGUAUCUUGGCUCAGAACAGCUGAAGAUAAACUGGCAAGUUUGAGGCCUGGUGUUCUGAAGAAAUCUCAAUUGGAUCAACAACUGAAAGAGUUGCAAGCAUUCAGAAGUGAGGUGUGGAAACGAUCUGGAGAAUACGACAGUACGAAGAGUCUGGGAGAUGCAUUCUUGUCAUCAUGCGAUAUCGAUAAGGACCCCGUCAAGGCAGAAUUGCAAGAUACCAAGGAACGAUGGGAGAGACUUAAUAAUGAUUUGCUAUCUCGAGCUCAGACAUUAGAGAAUUGCGCGAGACGAUUGGGCGAUUUCAAUGAAGAGCUACGUGAUCUUGAUCAUGCCGUUGGCCGUUGUGAAGAUCGCUUGGGUGCUCAUGAUGCUCUUGGUGGUGCUGCUAGAGAUCCUAAACUAUUGGAACGCGUGAAAACGAUUCGUGAAGACGCUGCUGCCUUGAAAAAACCAUUGCAGAGUCUCCGUAAAUUGGCUUCCGAUAUUGGAUUGGAAACUAGAAACGCUGGUGGUGACGCCGAACAUUUGAAAACUGAAGUUGAAGCUGUUGCCGACCGAAUUGAUGAUUUGCAUAACAAACUCGAUGAUCGUUGCGGUGAACUACAAUCCGCUGCGACAGCCGUCACUCAAUUCAAUGAACAAGUAAAGAAUUUGACGCUCGAUCUAUCCGAAUUGGAACACGUUGUCGAUUCUCUAUCACCGCCUGGACGAGAGGUACGCGUUGUUUUGGGACAAAUCGAUGAAGUGGCAGCCAUUUUAGACAAAAUCGAUCGUAAAGCUGACGAUGUGGCUGAAGUCGAACGUGCCGGUCAAGAUUUGGUGGACUCUGGUUUCUCACCGGACACCAUACAGACACGUGAACAAAUAUCGACACUUCGUAAAACACUGGGUCGUCUUGACAACCGUGCCAAGGAUCACGAUGACGCUUUGCAGAAGACAUUGAAGGCGCUACAGAACUUCUACGAUGAACACACAGGAGUUGUAGAUGAUCUGAAAGAUGUUCGCGAUCAAUUGAGGAAAAUGAAGCCAGUCAGUUCCGAAUUGGAGCAGAUUCGUUUGCAGCAAGACGAUCUCAGGAAAUUCCGCGACCGUACCGUUGAACCAUUGGCCAAACGAAUUGUUGAAGUUAAUCGAUCCGGUCAAGAAUUAGUGCGAUCAGCAUUAGGUGGCGUUUCAACAGCUGUCCUCGAAAAGGAUCUAGAAAAACUAAACGAGCAGUGGAAUGACUUGAAAGAUAAGCUCAAUGAACGCGAACGACGCUUGGACGUUGCACUAUUGCAAUCCGGUAAAUUCCAAGAAGCUUUGGAUGGAUUAUCGAAAUGGCUCAGUGACACGGAAGAAAUGGUCGCCAAUCAGAAACCACCAAGUGCCGAUUACAAAGUUGUCAAGGCUCAGCUCCAGGAACAGAAAUUCCUCAAAAAAUUGCUUUUGGACAGACAAAACUCGAUGUCCUCGCUAUUCGCGCUCGGCCAAGAAGUUGCUGGUAAUUGCGAACCAGCUGAGAAGGCAGCUAUUGAACGACAAUUGAAGGAGUUGAUGGGACGUUUCGAUGCUUUGACUGACACUGCACAAAAACGCACACUAGACCUAGAACAGGCCAUGGAAGUUGCCAAGAAAUUCCAAGACAAAUUGGUACCGCUUUCCAAUUGGUUGGAUGGUGCUGAACGUUCCGUUAAAAAUAUGGAAUUGGUGCCAACAGACGAAGAGAAAAUCCAACAACGAAUUCGUGAGCACGACGCCCUACACAAUGAAAUUUUGGACAAAAAACCAGAUUUCUCCGAACUUACCGACAUUGCGGGUCAAUUAAUGGAAUUGGUUGGUGAAGAUGAAGCGGUUGGCUUAGGUGAAAAAGUCAGAGGCAUCACAGACCGCUAUACCAACUUGGUUGAUGCUAGUGACAAUGUAGGCCAAUUAUUAGCCGAAUCGCGCCAAGGAUUACGUCAUUUGGUGUUGACUUAUCAGGAAUUAGUUGCUUGGAUGGAAAGUAUGGAGCAACGUUUAGCUAGAUAUCGUGUUGUCCCCGUUCACACCGAUAAACUGUUAGAGCAGAUGGACAUUUUGGUUGACCUGAACGAAGAUAUUGCAAGUCGAGCACCGAAUGUCGAUUCAACUGUCGAAACCGGUUCUGAGCUCAUGAAACAUAUAACUGCCGACGAAGCCAUUCAACUCAAAGACAAAUUGGAUUCGAUACAACGACGUUACGGGGAACUGGCCACUAAAGGUGGUGACCUACUGAAAAACACUCAAGACGCGUUGCCGAUUGUUCAAAAGUUCCACAAUGCUCACAACCGUUUGGUGGAAUGGAUGCAAGCUGCCGAAGGUGCCCUUGCAUCGGGAGAGCCUCGUGAAAGCGACAUUUUACGUUUAGAAGGUGAAUUAUCAGAGAUGAGGCCAGUUCUGGAAUGUGUCAAUCAAGUCGGACCACAAUUGUGUCAAGUUUCACCGGGAGAAGGUGCAUCCACCAUUGAAAGUCUGGUCAGUCGAGACAAUCGCCGUUUCGAUGCGAUUGUUGAACAAAUCCAACGCAAAGCUGAACGAUUACAUCUCAGUAAGCUACGAUCGAAGGAAGUUACCGGCGAUUUGGACGAAUUGCUCGAAUGGUUCCGUGAUAUGGACGCCAGUCUACGGGAUGCAGAUCCACCAGCUAUCGAACCGAGAUUGGUUCGAGCACAAUUGCAAGAACAUCGAUCAAUCAAUGAUGAUAUUUCUAGUCAAAAGGGACGAGUACGUGAUGUAACAGCUGCUGCCAAGAAAGUUUUACGAGAAUCUCAACCGAAUGAUAAUACUGCAGCUCUAAGAGAAAAGUUAGAAGAUCUGAAGGAAGUGGUAGAUACUGUCGCACAACUCUGUUCCGACCGUUUGUCAAUAUUGGAACAAGCUUUACCACUAUCCGAACACUUUGCUGAUUCACAUAGCACCAUCUCUUCCUGGUUGGACGACAUGGAACAUCAAAUUUCACUGUUGAGUAUGCCAGCGUUACGUGCCGAUCAAAUUGCCAUUCAACAAGACAAGAAUGAGAGGUUGGUACAGUCGAUUGGUGAACAUAAACCACUUUUGGAUAAACUCAACAAAACCGGAGAAGCUUUGGCAAAUUUGGUUGCCGACGAAGAUGCAGCCAAAAUUAACGAUAUAUUGGACAGUGACAAUGCUCGCUAUGCUGCCUUGCGAACCGAAUUGCGUGAACGUCAACAGGCGCUUGACCAAGCUCUUCAGGAGUCAAGUCAAUUCUCCGAUAAAUUGGAGGGUAUGCUUCGUGCACUAGCGAAUACAGCUGACCAAGUCAAUCAAGCCGACCCGAUUUCCGUACAUCCACCGAAGAUUCGUGAUCAAAUUGAAGACAACAAUGCGCUGAUCGACGAUCUGGAUAAACGAAGCGAAGCAUUCAAUGCUGUUAAACGUGCUGCCAGUGAUGUCAUCGCCAAGGCCGGUAAUACCUCAGAUCCAGCUGUGAAGGAUAUCAAGAAGAAGCUGGAAAAACUGAACAAUCUCUGGAACGAUCUACAAAAGGCUACAUCCAAACGUGGUGGAUCACUAGAAGAUGCCCUUGCUGCUGCCGAGAAAUUCUGGAAACAAUUGCAAGCGGUCAUGGACACAUUGAACGAUUUGGAAGAAUCGCUUACGUCCCAAGAACCUCCGGCUGCUCAACCCCAAGAAAUCAAGAAGCAACAGGUAGCACUCCAAGAGAUUCGCCAUGAAAUCGAUCAAACGAAACCGGAAGUGGAAGAAGUCCGCCGAACCGGUACCAAUUUGAUGUCAUUGUGCGGCGAACCCGACAAACCCGAAGUGAAGAAACACAUCGAAGAUUUGGACCAUGCCUGGGACAACAUUACGGCUUUGUAUGCAAAGAGAGAAGAGAAUUUGAUCGACGCCAUGGAGAAGGCAAUGGAAUUCCACGAGACAUUACAGAAUUUGUUGGCGUUCCUGGCCAAGGCCGAAGACCGAUUCGUUCAUUUGGGUCCGAUUGGUUCGGAUAUUGAAGCGGUUAAGAAGCAAAUCGAGCAAUUGAAGCGAUUCAAGGAUGAUGUCGAUCCACAUAUGGUGGAAGUCGAAGCUCUAAAUCGAGCAUUGGACAGACAAGCCGUCGACCUCACCGAAAGAACUUCGCCCGAACAAGCCGCUGCUAUUCGAGAACCAUUACACUCAGUCAACAGACGAUGGGAAAAUCUACUCAAAGGAAUGGUCGAACGCCAGAAACAAUUGGAACACGCCCUGCUUCAUCUUGGUCAGUUCCAACAUGCGCUUAACGAAUUAUUGGUUUGGAUUAACAAAACUGAUGGAACAUUGGAUCAACUUAAACCUAUUCCUGGUGAUCCACAAUUGAAUGAAAUCGAGUUGGCCAAGCUGAAAGUACUCGCCAACGAUAUCCAAGCACAUCAAAGUUCCGUAGACACAUUGAACGAUGCCGGACGGCAACUCAUCGAAUCGGACCGAGGAUCAUUGGAGGCAUCUACCACGCAAGAAAAAUUGAAGAAACUGAACAGUCAGUGGAAAGACCUACUGCAGAAGGCUGCCGAUCGUCAACACGAACUCGAGGAAGCUCUUCGAGAUGCACAAGCCUUCAUUGCUGAAGUACAGGACAUUCUCGGCUGGUUGGGUGAUGUGGACGGUGUGAUUGGUGCUGGUAAACCAGUUGGUGGAUUGCCAGAAACUGCAUCGGAACAAUUGGAACGAUUCAUGGAGAUCUUUAACGAACUUGAAGACAACAGACCGAAGGUUGAAACUCUUCAAGCGCAAGGUCAAGAAUACAUCAAGAAACAGGCACAAAUGAAGGCAUCGUCAAGCAAUCUUCAGCACACCUUGCGAACGUUGAAACAACGUUGGGACGCUGUACUAUCUCGAGCAUCGGAUAAGAAGAUUAAACUCGAAAUUGCUUUGAAAGAAGCAAAUGAGUUCCACGAUGCUCUACAGGCAUUCGUCGAAUGGUUGACAAAUGCUGAGAAACAGUUGGCCAGUGCGUCGUCCGUAUCUCGUGUUCUGGAAAUAAUUCAAACUCAAAUCGAAGAACAUAAAAUCUUGCAGAAAGAUGUGUCCAUCCAUCGUGAAGCUAUGCUGCUGUUGGAUAAGAAGGGAACGCAUCUGAAAUACUUCAGUCAAAAGCAAGAUGUGAUUUUGAUCAAGAAUUUAUUAGUGUCCGUGCAACAUCGUUGGGAGCGUGUAGUGGCUAAGGCUGCUGAACGAACACGAGCUCUCGAUCAUGGUUACAAGGAGGCCCGUGAAUUCCACGAAAGCUGGCAUGGAUUGCUGUCGUGGUUACAAGAUACUGAAACUACCUUAGACAAUUUGGCUGAAGAAGCCGCAUCGAGCAACGAUGCCAUUAAAAUUAAGAAACAUUUGGAUCGACUAAAGGAAACCCAGCGAAAUCUGUCAUCGAAACAAGGACAAUUCGAUACAACGAUGAGAAGUGGAAAGAGUUUGAUCGACAGAGCACCAAAGUCAGAUGAACCAAUUCUGAUGAGAAUGUUGAACGAACUCAAAGAAACAUGGACAAGAGUUUGUACAAAGAGUGUCGAUCGUCAACGUAAACUCGAAGAAGCUCUGUUGUUGUCUGGUCAAUUCUCUGAUGCUCUUCAAGCAUUGUUGGAAUGGCUACGUAAGACCAAGAAUCGCCUGUCCGAAGAAGGUCCUGUUCAUGGCGAUUUGGAAACUGUAACGCAAUUGGUGGACCAACACAAAAACCUGGAAUCAGAUCUGCAAAAACGUGCCAAUCAAAUGGAAAGUGUAUUGAAGACUGGCAAAGAAUUGGAGCGUAGUGGAGACGCCAAAGAUCUGUCGAAAUCGUUAACGGAAGUACAACGACUCUGGAGCGACGUAACCGAUUUAAGCGAACGUCGCGGUCGUCGACUACAGGAUGCUCUACGAGAAGCCGAACGAUUGCACAAGCAAGUGCACAUGUUGCUGGAAUGGUUAUCAGAAGCUGAACAACAAUUGCGAUUUGCUGCUUCGAUGCCCGAUGAUGAAUCUCAUGCCAGAGAAUUGCUGGAACUGCAUACCAAAUUCUUGCGGGAACUACGAGAGAAGGAAAGAGACAAGGAUGACACUCUACGCUUGGCGAACAGCAUUUUGGGUAAAGCGUACCCAGAUGCCAUUCCAAUCAUCAAGAACUGGAUUACAAUCAUUCAAUCGCGAUGGGACGAAGUUUCACAAUGGGCAUUGAGCCGAGAAGCUAAAUUACGGUCGCACAUGCAGUCCUUGAAAGAUUUGGAUGAAUCGAUCGAGGAAUUAUUGGCAUGGUUAUCCGGAUUGGAAGCUACCUUGCUCAGUCUGGAAAGCGAACCGUUGCCGGAAGAAAUUCCGAUUGUGGAGCAGCUAAUUGUCGAUCACAAAGAGUUCAUGGAAAAUACGGCUCGCCGUCAAUCCGAAAUCGAUAGAGCUUGCAAACCGAAACAACCACCAGCUGGCAGCAAAGAGGCAAGGAAGCAGUCACAGUCGAGACAAGGCAAAACACCUGUCCGAGGUUCAAGUCAAGAUUUACGUGAACACUCUCCCGACUAUGGUCGUAAGCAAAGCUUCAAAGGAUCGCGUGAUCAUGGACUUAAUUCAAGACGCACAAGUCGCAUCAGCCCAUCAAGAGAUACACCGGACCGAGAGAAAUUACCGCAUUAUGGACCAAGAUUUUCACCAGCAAACACCUCCGUUGAUGUUGAAUUCCGUUCAUCCCGUGCCCGUAUUCUCUGGGACAAAUGGCGUUACGUUUGGAUGUUGGCGUGGGAACGUCAGCGUCGCUUACACGAUCAUCUGCUGUACUUAAAGGAUGUUGAACGUGUUCGACAAUUCAGCUGGGAUGACUGGAGAAAGAGGUUCCUCAAAUUCAUGAACCACAAAAAAUCCCGUUUGACGGAUCUGUUCCGUAAAAUGGACAAAGACAACAAUGGCCUGAUACCACGUGACAUAUUCAUCGAUGGCAUAAUCAACACCAAAUUCGAUACGUCCCGAAUGGAAAUGGGUGCUGUUGCCGAUUUGUUCGAUCGCAACGGCGAAGGACUCAUCGACUGGCAGGAAUUCAUCGCAGCUUUGCGACCCGAUUGGCAAGACCGUAAACCGGCUACCGACGCUGAUAAGAUACACGACGAAGUGAAGCGUCUCGUUAUGCUUUGCACAUGUCGCCAGAAAUUCCGUGUAUUCCAAGUCGGUGAAGGGAAAUAUAGGUUUGGAGAUUCUCAAAAAUUACGCUUAGUCCGUAUCCUGCGAAGUACUGUGAUGGUUCGUGUCGGUGGCGGUUGGGUUGCAUUGGACGAAUUCUUGGUCAAGAACGAUCCAUGUCGAGCCGACGAGCAUUUGGCGGAAUUAAUGCCAAUAUUUGAAAGACUGCGUGCCCAAGAACAGAUACCGUGUGCGUAUCCAUUACAUAUGGGUGCUGGCGGAACGGCAUUUAUUCGAGGUGGUUCUCGAUCAAUGCCAUUAAGUCCGCACGCACCGCAUUGUCAUCCGUCAACACAUUGGGUUCGAGAGCGAUCUGUUCGAUCGGUUGCAAUGUCUCGACCAUCUCGAUCAUCGCUAUCAGCAUCCACACCCGAUUCAUUGAGUGACAAUGAAAGCAGUCUAGGUGCCGGGGGAAGAUACACACCUAGAAAGCCAUCGUAUACACCAAAUAGAACCGGACUCACGCCGGGAGGAUCCCGAAACGGAUCGAAACCAAAUUCACGACCUGCAAGCAGACAGGGUUCGAAACCACCAUCACAUCAUGGUUCGAAUAUGUCAUUAGACAGCACAGACGACACCACACCAUCUCGAAUUCCACAACGACGAUUAGGAAGUACAUCAUCGACAACGACAACGCCGCGUCCAUCGCGUCUAUCUGUUGGUUCGACCAUAACGAGAGUUAAUGGAAAUGCAGGAAUAUCCGCUUUUGGUAGCACAAUUUCACGACCAAGAACACCAUCCGGAUCUGCUAGUCCUGCACCAACAAGGAGUAGUAACGGUGGCAUGAGCCGAUCAUCUAGCAUACCAACGCUUGUGCCGGGGGCGGUACAAAACAGCCGAUCAAGGAUACCUGUAAGACAGCCUUCAACGGAAAAAUCGUAUCCGUCAUCUUUGCAGUCACAAAGCUCAGUAACAUCUAGUUGCUCGUCGACUGGACGUAAUUUAAGUGGACAAUCGACUCCCUCCGGAAUGCAAACGCCACGUAAAACAUCAAUGGAACCACCGCCAGUUCCGCCAGGCCGUAAAAGCCGUGGCAGUACGCCAAACAGUCAGAGGGAACCAUUUAGACUUUAAGUUCAUUUAAGAUGCAAGCUAAUAAUCGAAAAAGUGUUUUGUUUUGAUUUAUGAGGAGAAUUUUUUUUUUUUCGUUUUACUUUCCAAUUAUUUUUGUUUCGUAUCGAUUUGAUACUCAAAUUACUAAUCCCAUGUACCCGUACCCCUGUAUGUUUAAUUGAUGGGACCAUUUAUAAUUUUUUUUUCGUUAAAUUUCAAGAAACUAACUCUAAUCCAAAUACCAGUUAAUUUAUGUGAAUAGAAGUAUGUGUAACGGAAAAGGGGUACGUAAUUAGCGAACGUUUUUACUGAAUUUGUAUCGUUUUUCUUAUGUGAGUGAAAAUUGGAUAUUCGCCAGUAUCGGUUUUCUCGCUAUUUAAGACUACAUAAAACGUGCAGAUUUAAGUAAGGAGUUGUGUUCAGUGCAUAGAUGAUAUAACGAGGAGAAAGAAGAACAUUGUAUUAACCGAAAUUAUAAUUACACUUACACUAAACUUACACCUUAAACAAAUCGUAAAUUAGAGCAAAAAAAACUUGUUAAAAAAGCGAGAGAAAGUUUAGGAAAAAGUUGAAGAAAAUUCCAUUAGAAAAUAAUUUUUAUUUUACAAAAGAUUGUAAUUCCAGUUGUUUUUUCCAAAA